GGUCACGUUUGGUGACGUUAGAGUUUAGACAGGCUUAAUAAUUAAUAUUUUUCAUAUAGAAAAGUCGUGUUCAAGAAGAAAAAAAAUAAAAUGAAUUGUUUGGUGAAAUUAAAUCGAGAGACAAUCAGAGCAAAUGUUUUUUCAAUGCUUCCAAUUGUUUCUUCAAAGCCACUAAAAUUAAAUAAAUUUACACAAAAAAUUGAUUCUACGAAUAAAAUUACAUUUUAUAAUUCACAAAGAUUUGCAAGUAAUAUUUUUGAGAAAAGUUUCAUUAUCCAAAAAGAUGACGUACUUGGGCACUUGAAUAAUAAAAAAUUACUAACUGACAUUAAAAAUAUCAAGGAAAUUAAAUUGUCACGUUCGUUGUAUAAUUUUGCAAAUAGACGAAAUUACAAUCCAAAAACUUUGCCUUCUUGUUUACUGCCACCUGUUAAACCUCAAGAUAUCGAUAAAAAAUGUUUGGUAAUUGAUUUGGAUGAGACACUUGUAUAUAGUACAGAUAGUCCACAAGAAGACAAUGAUUGCUUUGUUGUGUCUUUUGAACAUGAAGGAAAACAACACAAAAAAUAUGUGUCAAAAAGACCUCAUGUUGAUGAGUUUUUACAGGCAAUGGGUCAACUAUAUGAAUGUGUACUUUUUACAUCAGCUGUACCUGAGUAUGCUGAGUUGGUGGCUAAACAUAUUGAUAAAUGGGGAGUAUUUCGAGCAGUGUUAUCUCGAAAAUCAUGUGUGUACAAUGGAGAUUAUAUUAAAGAUUUGAGUAAACUUGGUAGAACUCUUGAAAAAACUAUCAUCAUUGAUGAUAUUAAAACUCGAUAUAAAUUUCAACCUGACAAUGCGGUUCCUGUUCCUGGAUGGUUUGGUGGUGCUUGUAAAAAAGAAGAGUUAAAUGAUACUACACUGAGUGAUUUGAUACCAUUUUUUGAAAAAUUAAGUACUGAAAAAAAUGUAUACACUGUUCUUACAAACAUGGAUCAUCCAUAUCAUCAGUUGUUACCAGAUAAUGUCAAAGAAAAGUGGCUAAAUGAGAGAAAAAGUAUGGCUUGGUAUAAAAGAUUUGCCAAGUCUUUUUUCGGACUUCAGUUUAUUUUAGCAUUUUUCAUCUACUAG